AUGGCAGAUUUCUUGGUAGAGGUAACGGGUGAUCCCCCUGAGGAAACGGGCACACGGUGGAGGCUCCACGUAGACGGGGCCUCCAACCAGACAUCCGGGGGAGCCGGGGUCAUCUUAGAGAGCCCGGCGGGAGUCAUUUACGAGCAAUCGACCAAGUUCAAAUUUCCUGUGUCGAACAAUCAAGCAGAAUACGAAGCCCUCUUAGGCGGACUAACCCUAGCCCGGGAAGUCGGGGUAACAAAGCUGGAAGUGUGCAGCGAUUCACAAGUCGUCACCUCGCAAGUGAACAGAAGCUAUCAAGCCAGGGACCCCCUCCUGCAAAAAUAUUUGGAAAAGGUUAGAGAAUUGACCAGACAGAUCCAAGAGGUCAUGGUCCAACAUGUUCCAAGAGAAAGGAACACACGGGCAGACCUCCUAUCUAAAUUAGCAAGCACGAAGCCGGGAGCGGGCAACCGGUCUCUCAUCCAGGGCAUGGUGAAGGAACCGACGGUUGCCCUCCAUUUGACGGAGUCAAGCCCUUCCUGGAUGGACCCCAUCACAAACUUCCUGAAACAUGGCAAGUUGCCUGAUGAUGAGAAAGCAACCAAAACGUUGAGAAGGGAGGCAGCCAAAUAUGCAAUCAUACAAGAACAACUAUUCAAAAAGGGGCUUAGCCAACCCCUAUUGAAGUGCUUGCACCCCGACCAGACGGACUAUGUACUUAGAGAAGUCCACGAGGGAUGCUACGGCCACCACAUCGGGGGUAAAGCCCUAACGAGGAAGCUCAUCCGAGCUGGAUAUUACUGGCCAUCAAUGAUGAGAGACUCCAGAGAAUUUGUCAGAAAAUGUGUAAAGUGUCAAGAAAACGCCAACUUCCACAAAGCGCCGGCCUCCGAGCUGAGCCUACUGACGUCUACACGACAUUUCGCUCAAUGGGGAGUCGACCUCUUAGGGCCUUUCCCGACUGGCCCGGGACAAGUGAUAACCCGUUUCGGUAUCCCAGAAGUCAUCAUUUCGGAAAAUGGGACGCAAUUCACCGACAAGAAGUUCACGGAAUUCCUCACCGGCCGAGGGAUAAAACAAAAGUUUUCCUCAGUGGAACAUCCCCAGACGAACGGACAAGUGGAGUCCGCAAACAAAGUCAUCCUACUAGGAUUCAAGAAGCGCUUAGACAACAAGAAAGGCGCAUGGGCCGACAAGCUCGCUUCGGUCCUCUGGAGUAGACGAAGCGGUGGAAAAGGACCUGGUGGAAGAAACCAGAGAGAUGGCCCACUUGUCAGAAACAGCACUGAAACAAAGAAUAGCUCUACGCUACAACACUAA